UCGCGUCCUAGCCCAGGACAAGUUCCCUUUUUCUUCUCCCAAGUCUGCGACUAGGAGGCGACGGGCCGACGGGCCAAGUUUCCUUUCUCUUCUCAGUCUGCGACUGGCGGCGGCGACCAUCACGCACAAGCCUUCGUUGCUACCUGCGCUCCGCCAAUUCGCGCGCUUGGGCUCAGAUCGCGUCUUGGGCUCCAGAAGCGGUGAUUGGAGUCAGAUCUGUGAGCUGCAAGGUCUAGAGGUUUUAAAGCGCAGUUGGUUUGGGGGCGGUGAUUCUCGGGUGUUGGUUCUGUCGCGGUUUGUUGUGUUUUCCAGAAUCUCGGGUGAAUUGCAGUCUAAGCAAAGGGAAAAGGAAGGAUCUUUUCUCCAGACUUGGUAAUUUUGGACGACAAGAUGCACUUCCUUGCAUCAUUUCAUGUCCCUACAGGUUUUGUAUUAUCUGAUUUUUCGGGAUGGAUGCCAAAAGGUUCCUGCAUCUGGUCGAGGAGAAGAAAAGAAGGGUCCUCGAGAAGAAAGAAGCCCCACUAAAGUGGGAGCAGAAGCUAGAAACAGCAGCUAAGGCCAAGGUUGAUGCAGAAGCAAAGGUGAAGAAGCUAAAUUCAAGAAAGCACAGGAGGAGAGGAGAUUUGUCCUCAGACUCUGAUAGUGACUAUGGCAGCGAUGUUGAUCGAAAACACUUGAAGAGGAAGAACCGCAGAAGGAACAAGAAGCAUGAGCAUUCUGACUCUGAUGAUGCCAGGAGACGCAAUCGUAGAUCUAGAAGGAGCACCGACUCAAGUGAUGAGAGCAACAGUGAAUACGAGACCAGGUCUGAAGAAGAACGUCCAAGGAAGAAGCGCUCGCACAGAAGAAGGCAUCACCGGCACUCUUCAAAGUCAGACUCUGAAAACUACAGCAGUGAUGAGGAACAACGGAGACCUGCCAAGGACCAUUCUCAGAGCCGCAGGCGGCACCAUCGGUCAUCUGAUGAUGACUCAGACAAGGACAAGGUCAAGUCAAGACAUGGGAAGGGUCUGAGAUCUCGUGACGAGGAUGCAAGAGCAGAUUUCAACAGCAAUAAGCAUCUCAGGAGCCAAUCCUUGGAGGAGUCAUCAGAUGAUAGAGAUGCUGAUGAAUCUGAGAAGAUGAGGAAUGGCAAAAGGUCUCACAAGAAUGGCGGCCACCGUCACCAUCACCAUCGACACCACCAUGAAUGACAUAGUAACUCUGCAGAACCUAAUGACAGGAGGCAAGUACUGAAAGAUGGCCAGAGGGCCCUUGAAGGUGACAGCGCAUACUGAAGAUAUCCCAGCAAGGUCGAGUUAAUUGUCCUUAUUAAGGACAUGAAGAUCAUUUUUUUUUCGUUCCUGAUGUUCUCAGAUAAUUAUUGUAUUGCUGACAACAUUUCUUUGAUUUGUGAAUAUACUAAACAUGUUGCCUAUGCAUUUGCUUA